GGGAUGAACAUGGCCCUCCAGACAAAGAGGGCGACAUAACCUAUGACGAGCUCUCGAAGCUGCGUCAAGAAUUAUUAAUUAAACUUGACACUGCCGGCGGUGAGCUGUCUCAGGCUCUCGAUGUUGUCAAUGCCCUUUUGUCUGCAGGGAGCUCCUCCGAGGCACCGAUUCACCCAAUAUUGUCGAAGGGUGCAAUUGGCGUAACCGCCAUGUAUCCAGAAGAUGAGAAGCCUUCCUCCAAAGCCCUCAACGAGCAGAUUGUUAUUGGGACUAAGGAUCGAUCGUUGAAGGAUGCAUCAGAUAUCAUAUCACGCGCCGCCGACCAUAUCGAUUCAUUUGUUGGCCGGGCAGAAAUCCACUGGGGACAAGCACUUUCCUUGAGGAGUGCAAAUUGGCCACUGGUUCCGAAGCUUCCCCAAGCGUCUCAAAGCCGGGGGCGAGCCGAGUUGGGGAAUGCUCGAGAUUUCCUAAUAUCCUAUGGAUUGGAGCAUUGCACGCGGCAAGCCACGGCUCUACUUAAAGAGGAUGCCGAGGACCUGGAAGAUGGAAACUCCCUUAAUUUUACCUUAAGGCAACACCGUCGCCUAAAAAUCAGCAUUGCGUCACAAGAUGAUAAUCAAUCCUACUCCAAUAUGAUUGAUUUGGUUCAAGACCAUGAAAGCGCGUCACUCGAGAAUCGUGUUUCUGUGGCCCAAAGAGAAAUCGUUGAGCAGGAAAUCUUCGCGGAGCUCAUACGAGAGGCUGGAACUUUUCCAAGUGCCGCUGCAACUGUUUCGGAGACAAGAAUAACGAUGAUGGCAGCCAAAGAUAUUGAAGCUAACUUUGAGCUGAUCCGCGUGGACGAUCCUGAUAUAAAUGAUCCCAAGAUAGAAGAUGACUCGAACAGCCCAAACGCACUCAUUUGCUCGCUAUUGUCAGAUGUCCUCGUGUUACUAUUAAUCCGCUAUCAUCGCUACCAACAAUCACGGUCGCACCCAAGGUCCCAGCUAGCAAACAAGGUCGAUGCUCCCUUUUCCCCUUCCAGAGUUUUGCGUCCUCCGUCUGUUCUGGCUCCGAUCGUAUCGUUGCUUCAGUACUACUCGUUUUGCGUGUCUCUGAAAAGGUUGUUCGAGGCGCUGCAGGUAGGAUUAACUGAGGUGGGGGUCCCCUGCAACGUCGUCUUCACGGCUGUUGGCAACGACCCGACGGAGCUUAUUAGUUCCCUCUUAAGUUAUCCGGAAAUGAAUCAUACUCCUUCUGACAACUCAUCCUCGUGGAUAGGUGUAGAGGUUACUGGAGAGGCUCUCGUAUGGAUCGAUGACAAACACUCCCUACGAUUCACAUUUUCAUCACCCACAUCUCUCACAGCGCACCUUCCCCAUAGUGAUUUCAGCAUAACAGAUCUGGCCGUGAUGCGCGAUCUGCUGCGGACUGAAGUUGGCGUCCGUAUAAUCACGAGUUUAAAGGAUGAUGCAGAGCGCAGACUAGGGGGUAGAUGGGCGAUUGAGAGUUUGGAAUCUGAAUGUAUCGCGGAAUGGGGGAGCAAGCGAGUCAGAGUCCGGUUCGAUGACAAUUUCAAGCUGAAGUGUCGUGUUUACAUCCAAACUCCCACCGAGGAUGGUGGCGUUCGAGCACGUACGGAGGAAUUUGGCGUCUUCCCUUCGACCACUGGCACACUCAAGUCAUGGUUCCGAGCUUUGUGUCGGUCCCUCAAAGCGGCAUGAAACACGAUCCAAUUGCAUGUGGCGGACAGAUUUUCAUGAUCAAGUUCCCUGCGCGACGUACGCCUCUGCCAACUCUCUGCCGAGAGACACAGGGCACGCCCACCCCUUACCGGGCGCCACUCUCAGCGUACACUUAUGUGAUGCGGUAAACUGAGUGAAUAAUAUUCCCUUGAGGCUUGGGCACGUGGACAUCCCUCGACGGCCGCUCGAUGAGGCGCAAUGAAUUGCCCCGCGGGCAGAGACCGCUACUGCGCCAAGGGAAGUUUGCAAGAUGCGAAUGGACCUAAAUGCUGUUCGAACGCGAUGUGAGCUUAGUGAGAUCGAACGAGCCUCCUUACUCGUAAAUGCGGCGCGCACCACAUGCUUGGGCGCACCGACCACAUUUGUACCUUAACGAUAUCCGCUGAAUAUAUGAUCUGGGAGGUGCCAAAUCCCAGUCUUUG